CGGAAGCGGAAGUUGAGUCCAUCGGCAGCGCAGUAGUGUUCUGGAUGUUAGUAAACAGACUGAGAUGUGUUUCUGAACAUCAUGAGCUCGUAUCUGAUGCUGUUUCUGCUUCUGCUGGACAUUUACUGCAGAUCUGUGAUCGCGUAUCUGAGCUCUCCUCACGUGGCUCAGGAGCCGGUGUACUCCGUGCAGCAGAGUCCGGUGAUGAGCCGCCCGCUGGCCCUGAACUCAUCCUCCGCGGCUCCAGCGCUGACCGACCGUUACCUGUCCAGGUGUCCCAGCGGCGGUCAGUGCUCCAGACUCCCGGCCGACUGCAUCAUCUGCUCGUUUCAUCACAACUGCAGCUACGGCCGUCCGGCUAACUUCACCUGCAGAGCUAAAGCAGGCGUCCACUGUGUGGGCGAUCCGAGUCGACCGCAGCAGAACUUCUCGCUCACGCUGGACUGUCGCUUCUGUUGGCAGCUGGAUCCGUCUCAGUACAUCUGCUCAGACUCCAGCAGCUGCUCGACGGUGUCCUGUCCACGCAGACGCUACAACACCAGCUGUGAAGCUCUGGAGCACGUGCACUGCCUCGGGAAGCGAGUGUUUCAGAAGCGUCUGUUCUGUAACUGGACGGGGGGGUAUAAGUGGUCCACGGCUCUGGCUCUCAGCGUGACUCUGGGGGGCUUCGGAGCGGACCGCUUCUAUCUGGGCCAGUGGAGGGAAGGUCUGGGGAAGCUCUUCAGUUUGGGCGGUCUGGGCGUCUGGACGCUGAUCGACGUGCUGCUGAUCGCUGUGGGAUUCGUGGGACCAGCCGACGGCUCGCUCUACAUCUGAGGCUUCACCCUCCACACGGGGCACGUCCCCAGGCCUUCAGAGGAAAACUGAUGAACACACUUCUGAAACAUGUAGAAUAUGUAUCAUAACUCAUCUGUGUGAUGUUACUGCUGUGUGUAUAUAUGAGUGUGAUCCUCACGGUUGAUUUCUGAUUAAAACUCAGGAUGAUGAUGUUAUAUCUCACAGUUAUGAGAAGAAAAGUCAGAAAUGAGAUGCAAACUCUGAAAUGUGAUAAAAACUGAAGAGCAAGAUUUUAAAUCAGAAUUGUGAAAUAUGCAAACUUACAAUUGUGAGGGAAAAAAGUUGCAAUUACGUUACUUAAUAUAUGGCAAUUGUUUAUAUAUAUAUAUAUAUAU